GGGGGUGGGGGAGGGGAGCGUAUAUGAGGCGCCGGGUGGGGGCGGGACGCUCAGUCCAGCGGCGGCAGCAGCGCGUGGAGGGGACUCGGGGCGGCGGCAGCAGCGGCAGCGAUGGCGUCCAACGAUUACAGCCAGCCGGCCACCCAAAGCUAUGGGGCCUACCCAGCACCACCGGGACAGGGAUACUCUCAGCAAACCAGCCAGCCCUACAGCCAGCAAAGCUACAGCGGUUAUGGCCAGUCUGCAGACACCUCAGCAUAUGGACAAAACAGUUACAGUUCUUCCUAUAGCCAGAGCCAAAGCUCUGGCUACAGCACUCAGUCAACACCCCCAGCUUACGGAACAACAGGAUAUGGCAGCAGCCAGACCUCUCAGACAUCUUAUGGGCAACCCUCAUCCUAUCCUAGCUACUCCCAGCCACCGGCAGCCAGCUCGACAACUGGAAGUUACGGAAGCAGCUCCCAAAGCACAAGCUAUGGCCAGCCCCCAAGUGGAGGCUACAGCCAGCAGUCCAGCUACAGCAGCCAACCACAGAGCUCCUAUGGGCAGCAGCCUUCUUACAACCCUCCACAAAGCUACGGGCAGCAGAGCCAGUACAGCAGCAGUAGCAGCAGCGGAGGAGGCGGUGGCGGGGGCAGCAGUGGAUCCAGCAGCUACGGCCAGGACCAGUCAUCCAUGAGUGGUGGUGGUGGUGGUGGCAGUGGCGGCUACGGUAGCCAGGAUCAGAGCAGCUAUGGAGGUGGCCAGCAAGACCGUGGUGGCAGGGGCAGAGGAGGAUAUGGCCGGGGUGGCUUUGACCGUGGCGGAAGAGGCAGCCGUGGCGGCCGUGGAGGCAUGGGCGGUGGUGAGCGUGGUGGCUUCAAUAAGUUUGGUGGGCCCCGGGACCAAGGACCGCGCCAUGAUCCUGCUUCUGAACAGGAUAACUCUGACAACAACACCAUUUUCGUCCAGGGACUCGGUGAAAAUGUCACCAUCGAGUCGGUCGCUGACUACUUCAAGCAAAUAGGAAUCAUUAAGACAAACAAGAAAACUGGGCAGCCCAUGAUUAACCUGUACACAGACCGUGAGACCGGGAAGCUAAAGGGGGAAGCCACAGUGUCUUUUGAUGAUCCCCCAUCUGCCAAGGCAGCUAUCGAUUGGUUUGAUGGAAAGGAGUUUUCUGGCAACCCCAUCAAAGUCUCCUUCGCUACCCGGAGGGCGGACUUCAACCGUGGCGGUGGAAAUGGACGGGGUGGCAGAGGCCGUGGAGGGCCCAUGGGUCGUGGUGGAUUUGGUGGCGGAGGUGGAGGAGGCAGUGGCAACAGUGGCUCCAGUGGCGGUAACAGAGGUGGCUUCCCCAGUGGAGGCGGUGGCCAGCAGCGUGCAGGGGACUGGAAGUGCCCUAACCCGACCUGUGAGAACAUGAAUUUCUCAUGGCGUAAUGAGUGCAACCAGUGCAAGGCACCAAAGCCCGAUGGGCCCGGAGGACCACACAUGGGUAACUUACACCAUUCUUUCUCCUGCCCACCAGUAGCGGGCAGGCCUCCAUGGGUGGGUGAGAUUGUGUAUGCUCCGAAUGCUAUUGCCUCGGAGGUAUUCUUGGCACCAGUCUCACUCCUGUGCGUGUUUUUCCCUCCGCAGGAGGAGGAUUUGGGGAAGAGCGCCGCGGAGGCAGAGGUGGUUAUGACCGUGGCGGCUUCCGAGGAGGCCGAGGUGGUGAUCGGGGUGGCUUCCGAGGAGGCAGAGGUGGAGAUCGGGGCGGUGGAUUUGGGCCAGGAAAGAUGGAUAACAGGGGUGACCACAGACAAGACCGCCGUGAGAGACCCUAUUAAGAUUGUACAAAUUCCCAGACCAUGUGACUUACACUUUUUUUAUUUUGUAUGUCAGACUUUGUGCUGCAGCCUGUAAAGCUCGUUCCAUUUGUGUAAAACUUUGUAUUGCCCUCUCAAUUUUACCUUUUUUUUUCUUCCCCCUGUAUCUGGAAGAAUCCCCUACAUUAAAAAAAAACCCAUUGUUUUAGUUGCCGUGUGUAGCUUUCUUGGGGCCAGGGUUUCAAUAAAGGCAACUUCAGUUUAUACCGGAAAGCUGGGGUCACUGUACUGGAAUGCCCCAAUGCUAGCCAUGGGUGUUUAAUAUACGUAAAUGCAUUAUGCUGUGAACAGUAUUAACAUGUAAUUGAGCAGACGUAUGCAGAGAGGCAUCAUGAGCUGUGGUUUAAAUGCCAAAUUCUUGAUUUACCCUUGUGCAUUAACAUUUGAGUUCUCUUCUUUACCUGAAGCACCAUCCUCCAGCGUAGGAGUGUUCAGCUUAGAAGGGACAUUGUCAAUGUGUGAGCCCUCUGAUCAGUGUCUAUAUAGAAAGUUUGCUUGCUGAGGUUUUUGGGGGGGCACAGGGAAUGGAUGGUAAACAACUUGUUUCUGGGUUUUUGUGCUACCCCAUGGAAAGUGUGGUAGCUGCAGAAUUAGAAAGCUGUAUUCUCUAAAGAUCUAAUACAAAUAAGAUGUGUAUAUACAUCUUCAUGCAAACUACAGGGAUAUCCAUCGACACACAACCUUGAAUGUGUUAAACGCAGAUAUGUAAAAGUGCCACCUCAUGCACCAGAUGUCUAUUUUGUUCAUGCAUAAUUAGUAGAACUAUUAAAUUCCAAUAGAUACUCAAAUUAUGUACACAUCUAUGCAAUCCUAUUGCAGACUAGAGAGUUGCACAGGUGAAACUGACCAAAGUUGUUAGUUUGCAAAAUGUUAUCCCUUGGCCUAAGGUACAAGAGAGAAUUUUUUUUCCUUAUUAGGGUGAAUUUGGAGCAAUAGUCUAUGGUGAUGAGCCACACAACUAGGUGAACAAAAAGCAUCCCUGUUUUUCUAGAAUCGGAGUUCGUAAGCUCAACCCACCCAAGCAAGGAUGUGACCAGUAGUAGUUAAAGCUUAUCCAGGGUGUUGCUCAUACAAUCACAGACAGCAUUGUUGUCCAUCUGCACAAAAAUGGGGGCAUGGGUAAAAAGGUGGACACACAUCUGUAUCUGGGCCUGGUAAACUUCUCCCAGGGGAAGUGCUGUUGUAGAAAACUUCAAGGGAGCAAAUUGUCUAGGUCAAUCUUUCUUAUGGUUGGAGCUGCAGUGUGUAUGAAUGUAAUAAACUUUAACUUAAACAUGCUGAAUAAAAAACAACCACAGGUUAUAAAUGUG